AAAUAGAUGGAAAAAAACAAUGUGAGUGAUAUGUGAAAAUAUGGCUAAGUGUAAAUGUAGAAAUACAAAAGAAAAAUUUAAUUGAAUGCAUAACAAAUAGAAACUGUGUGUCCUUAUUUAAAAAUAUAUAUAUAUAAUGACUCAUGUUGAGAAACGCCAAACUCGCCCAGGUAAAGAGGCCAUACACUCUGGGCAUUUCAUGGUAUCGCAUUUUGAGGCUGAAGAACAGGAUGAAUUUGAUGACCUUGCUAUACCUGUUCCUGAAGAGGAGCAAAACGUUCAGAAGGAGUCUGCAAUUGCGACUUAUAUUUUGCCCGUGCCAACAGAGAUAUUUCAACGAUCUGAUAAAGAAGACAGCAUACAGCAUCAACAACUUUCUAUAGAAAUUUCGCUUACUAAACUAUUUAAAUGUAUGACUUUGGCAUAUAGACAAAAACUAACAUCUCCAAAAUGGAAUCGUUUCAAAGGUAUAAAACUCAGGUGGAAGGACAAAAUAAGAUUGAACAACGUCAUAUGGAGAUGCUGGCACAUGCAAUUUAUAAAGAAACAAAAUACUUUAGUAUGCCAAUUUGCAUCCCCGUUGGAUGUGGAUACGCAUGUUAAACCAGAGACAACAAUAUUAGAAGGAAAAUAUUGGAAACGAAGAGCUGAAGCAGUGAUAGCAGAGUAUAAAAAAUGGCGUAUGUUUCACAUUAUGAGGCUCCUAGGCAAGGGGGACACCUCCGUCCAGGACUCGAUGUCGGAUAUGGACACCAUGGAGUCCCAGUGCAGCGACUUCGCCGCCAACAUGCUUACGGACGAGGACUACCUCAGCUUCAUGAGUGACACACUGUUCUCCACCAUCACAUCUCAUCAACCUUUCGCUUUCCCCGAUUGCAGGGAAAUCGCCAGAGGUGCAAGCUUAGCUGAUUUCAUUCAACCAAGCUUAGGUCCUCUGCAGCCCAAUCUUGAUGAUUUUAUGGACACAUUAGAACCCCUACAAGAUCUUCUCUCGACUCCACGUUUGCCGCCCGUGCCCGAAGAGACGACGAUUCCUCCGGAAGAUACAUUGUUCAGGAGUGGAAUGUCAGUAGAUUCUUAUAACACACAGAACUAUAUUGCUGACAGUCAAAAUACUACAACAGUCACAAUGCCUACCAGUCAGAUGACUAUUCAUGGUACUAGUAAUAACACUCAAAUAAUGACGAUGGCCGAGCAGUCGAAAAAUGAACAACUGCGCAUGUACAACAACAGUCGUCUGUUCACUCAGGCAGAACUAUCCAAUAAUAUACUCGGCACACAAGAAAUGCUGUCGUCUUACCCACAAAACACUUACGAACAGCAGACCGCAGCGCAAGCCGAACAAAACAUUCACGGCAACGUGUAUGCGGCGAAAUCCUCUCGAGUCCAGUACGUCAACACGCAAAAUAAAAUUAUUGCUCCCCAGGAAACAUACCCUAAGUACAGCGCUGCACUUCCGCCCUCACAGACCGCGCCUGAGACGGUUUCACUGCUGCAACAGCCCAUACAGAAUUCAAAGUAUGCUUCCGCUGUGGUAAUUCAAGGCCGGAGCGGGUACAGUCGAGAGAAGCCUAGGUCUCGAUUGAGUCAUUAUUCAAAUCAAGUGCCGGCCAACCACUACCAAAACUACACGCAGCCCAUACAAAGUCCGGUGCACGUAGCCCAGCAGAGCUUCGAUGGGCGGCCGGUGGUGCGACAGUCGCCGCCGCACUUGCAAUACUUGCAGCCGAACUCCGCAGACUUUAAAGCGAAAUCCUCACCGACUAGCGUGCGCUCGUUUAAACUGCCCUCGCCACCAUUGGUUCCCGUGACAUCGCAACAGCAGGUGCAGGUAUCCGUUGGCGCCGUAAGCUCAGCUGGUGGGGUCGCCGCAGCAAAUGCGGCCAAUGUACGCAAACAGGAGCAGUACAGGUCGCAUAGCUUGCCACUUGGCGCGCAGCUCAGCGUCGACUGGGCCGUGAGCGCGCCCACGUCUGCCCACGUUCAUGAUGCGCCCAGUACGCACUCCGCGCGGGCGCGUGAGUCAAAUUCUGGGGCGUUACGCAUACGUUCGCGGUCUACGUCCGGCGGUGCGGGCGGGGAGUCUGCGGGCGCAGCGAGCGUACGUCGACCGCCGCCGCUCACGAGCGUGGCGUCCGAGCCCACGCUGCCGCAAGCCAGCGUCAUGCUAGCGCAGUUGCUGUCUGCGCAACACUCUCAGAGUUUGUACAAAUUGAACAAUAGUAUAGAGGACGCCGGGGGAGUUAGCGAUCCUACGAAGUCAACGAUCAUAAAGGGACAGCCUUCGCCCAUUGGCAGCGAUAUCAUUUCGCCCCAUCACUCGCGGGCUCAGUCGCGGGCGCAGUCGCUGUCACCUCCGGGGUCACCAGGCUCUGAGCGUGCGGGGUCGCCCCGGGACUCGCGUGAGUCACGGCGCACGCAUCUGCAUGCGGAACAAAAGCGCCGGUACAACAUCAAGAACGGCUUCGACACGCUGCAAGCGCUAAUCCCCCAUCUCAACACCAACCCUGCUGCGAAGAUAAGUAAAGCUGCCAUGUUACAAAAAGGAGCGGAAUAUAUUAAGCAGUUGAAAGCAGAAAGAAAUCAAAUUAAAGAAGAAAUGGAAAGCUUGCGGCAACAAAUUGAAUGCUUAAAUAAUUCCAUAUCGAAUUGUCACUCGCUGCUGCCAGCGACGGGUGCACCGGUGUCGCGCGGUCGUGCGAGCCGCCUGCGUGAGAUGUUCGCCGCGCACGUGGCCUCGCGCACUACGCUGAACUGGAAGUAUUGGCUGUUUAGCGUAGUGAGCGCCGCGCUGGUGGAGUCGUUCAGCGCCUGCGUGUCUUGCAGCAGCGCAGCGGACCUGGUGCGGACAACGCUGCUGUGGGCCGAGCAGCACUGUUCCCUCGUCGAGAUGCGCCCCGCGGUUUUAAACUCAUUGAGAGUACUUUGCACCACAACGGACAUUCUCACGAGUCCAGAGCGGCUCGCGGACGAGGCCCGCGCCGCUGCCGCCACCGCCGGCGUCAAACGCGAGCCGACGUAACGCCGACUGCCACCGCCCCAUGCCUCACCAACACACCACACGGAAACCAUUUGAUACCAGCUGAUGAAAAACUAUAUGAGAUUUACAUUGAAAGUAACGCUUAUCACUCAGAUUACACUGCUCUGAUUUAUAUUUUAUUUCGGUUCUCAGUAUUAACACUGGAGUGACUAUACUAUAUAUUAAAGCUUUAAAUUUGUCCUCAUUUGAAGCGCUAAUAGUUUAUUUGCAGUUGUUUUUUUGGGGACAAAUAUAUUACCGCGCCAAUCAAUGGGGAUCUACAGACAAAGCUGAUCUCAGAGAGCACCACAAGAGGUCUCUGGACAGGUCAAGUUCAAAACAACAUUAUUUGUUUUCAUGUUUCAUUCGAAUUAUUAAUAUAAGAUUGAUUUCUGAAUUAUAAUGAAAUACGUAACUAUGAUAAAUAAGGCUAUUAAGGAAGUAGAGAUGGAUAGAUUGCAAAAUAAAUCUAAAAGAAUAAAAUGCUAGUGUUGAUCCCCAUUGCGGACAAAUAUAAAUUGAAAGUAGUCGAUCCAGUGGUAAUAAUAGUAGUCAGUGACACGUAUUGUGGUUCGAAUUCAUUUCAACAUUUAUAUCGGUCAUUUUAAACCUUAAUUUAAUGAGAUUAAAAACAAACGAAAUCGGAGUUGCGUAGUCUUAGUUUAAUAAAUGCAAAUGUAAACGAUUUAAGCACAUUCUCACCUUGUUUAUAAAGCAUUCUGUCUCGACCGAGGUGUAAAGAUUUACUUUACUAUCCUUUAUCUUGAAUGUACGCAAGGUCGUCUGUAUAUAAAGCUAGGAAUUCCUAGCUUUAUUUAAGUAUAUAUUUUUAUCUAUAAUAGACAAAUACCUCACUGGAUUUUGUGUACGGUGUAAGCUGGGUGAAUGCAAAGAAUAGAUAUCGACAAAUACAUCAUCAACUAUUCUAUAUCCUAAACUUGGCUUGAAAUAGCCUUAGAUCAGCAUUAUCUAAACCGAAAAAUUAAAGUUAUAUUUUUUUUGUAUUUGGCAAGGGUUAGAUUUGAAACACUGUCAAAAAUAAAGUAGGCCGGUUCUUCUACAAGUUUCAACUGAGAUAAAUACUUUUAGAGAAAUAAUUGAACAGUUGUCAUAAAAAAUAGGGAGUGACAUCCAUAACAUAUAUUGUGUAUUUUUUAAGGAAAAAUGGGUUCUAGAUAACUAUGGCAACAGCAAAAAGUGUAUGGUCCUAGAUGACGUGUAUGCGUGUGUGAAUUAGUAACACGAGGCCUGGCCCAAAAAAAUAGCCCUAAAAGCCUGCCAGGUUUUGCAGACCACUCCAUUUAUAUGGAGUCCUGGUACCUCCUACGCUAAAAACAGCAGCCCCAGCACAUAAUGUAUAAAUGUCGUAUAAAAGUUUUUUAUAUAAAGCUUAGGUAGGUAGGUAUAAGUAAACGUACGUCAUCCAGUCGAUAAUGUUGACACUAUGAAUGGGAAAGUUAAUAGUAAGAUAUUAAGAUAAUAUAUAUACGAAUAUAUAUGAAUAUUAAGAUUCACACACAACACACAAGCGCGUAAAUACGAUUUGAAGUAUAAAAAAUAGUAAGGGUAGUUUUUCCUUUUAAAUUACUAUCAUUUGAAACUGAAAUUUACUUUAAUUUAAAUUAUUAAAUCGAUUAGUGAUUCUUUUUAUGGGGUGGUAUCUUCCAAGUCUAGACUUGUUUAUAUUUAUUAUGUUGCAUUAUCUACACCUAAAUCUAUUUAUGAUAAGAUAAAGUGACAUCUAGCUUAGUUUAGGAUUUAGAGCAAUCGAUAGUGCCCACAACUUAAGGAGAUGCUGUCGGCCAGGGCAAAAGAAAUAAAGUGAAGGUAGUUUAACAGCGCCAAAAAUAAUUAGAGUCAGAGCGAAACUUUUUACGUCAGUUUCUAUAAAAAAAAACACAUCUCAGUGAGGUAUUUGAUGAUAUAAUAAAAAUAUUUUAAUAUUCCCAAAUACCUUGUGAUAAGGUAUAUACCUACAAUCUACAUUGUACCUAAAUUAAAUAAUACUCAAGUUAAAGAGGCGUUAUCAGUGGCGGUUUAACAGGCAUACAGGCCAGACAUAAUGUGCAAUUUAUUGGUGUUCACAUCAUUAUCAAGUCACGCACAACGUUUUAUGAUUUCGACGGGCUUUGGGAGAGCUUAAAUAUUCCAUAGUUUACUGCGUUUCACUUGUAAAUAUAUCAGGCUCAAUAAUUAACGAAUCAACGAAUCUUUAUUUUGCAAUUCUUAAAAAUAUAUUUAUAAUGUUAUAUUUAAUUGUAAAAAAAAAUAUUUGUAAAGAAUAAACGUAAUUCAGUGGCUUAGUAUAGUGCCUUGUAGACGAGUUUUGGUCUAUUUUAAGUUGAUAUACAACUUGUAAUGUUUUUACCAAAGAUUAUAAUGUUCAAUCCGAAUCAUAACUUGCUAAAGAAUAAUCCUCGGUUUCUGGAAAGCUGAUCAAAUCUGUGAAAUAUUUCUGUCAAUCAGAACCAGCAGAAACGUUAAUAUACAGCGUCUGACAAACUAAAAUAAUCUUGGCAUUCAAUAUCAAUUAAUCUUAUUCAAUUAAUUUGUUUUAAUUCACUUUCGAAUAACAAAUUUUAAGAUUCUGACUAAUAAAUUUAAUUACCUUCAGAAACCGUCGAUUUUUUUGCAUAUCGUCGGCAAAACUAUCAAACUUCAUAUGUGCUUGAGAAUAUUUUUGACUUACACAUUAAAACAGACACAUCUCAGCAUGGUUGCAUUAAUUAGAUACAUUUAAACCGAAAGAGAGUCAAUUUGCUUUUGAAAUUUUGUUAUAGUAAUAACAUACUUCAACAAAAUGACACUUCGAAAUUACGAGGAUACUUUUUUGUUAUUUUGAACCGUAACCGUUUUUAAAUGUGAUUUCAGGUGUUUUUUGAGAUGAUGCGUUUUUUAAUUCAGAAACAUUUCCAAACAGAUAUAAGGAGGGAGGUGAUAGUUUAGCUGACGAUGGUUAAUUAUAGCAAAGUCGCAAGCCGUCCCGACCUGCACGUGAAUACCAAUUUAGUCAAUAAGCAAAAAAGAGAAUUUAUAAAAUAUGACGAUGUCGAGAAAUAUUUUAGAAUUACUGUAAGUAUAUUUACGCAAGUAAGGUACUUUAAGUAAAUAUAUUUUUAUAUGGUUUGUGUCAUGACACAAAUGUUUUUAUAUAAACUGUAUAAAUCGGUGCCAACGUAAAAAUUGUUGUAAUUUUGUUAUGUAGUGAUAUAAUUUUAUGAUGUAUCGUUGACUCUGGUAGCGUCGUGUGCACGCGUGCGCCCGCAAAUUAGCUUUAAUGAGUUAUUUGCAAUUGUUGUUCUAUUGGAAAUACAGUUUGGAAUGAAAUUUUA